AUGGCUGACAGUGUCAUUUAUUCCAUAUUAGAGCUGCCUACUGGAACUCAAGCCCAGAGUGGCGACAGACCGCAGCAAAAAGGUGAGUCAACCAAGCCUUCUCUUUUUUCCCUUGUGGCAAUAGUUUUGGGGCUUCUGGCAGCAGUUCUUGCAAGUUUGCUGCUGUACCAGUGGAUUUCGUGCCAAGGCUCCAAUCCCUCCACUUGUGUCAGCUGCCCUGGCUGCCCAGACCUCUGGAUGAGAUAUGGGAACCACUGUUACUAUUUCUCAGUGGAGAAAAAAGACUGGAACUCUAGUCUGAGAUUCUGCUUAGCUGAAGACUCACAUCUCGUUAUGUUUGCGGACAACCAGGAAAUGCAGCUACUCAACGGUUUCCUCAGUCAGGACUUCCACUGGAUUGGUCUGCGGAAAAAUGACGGCUGGAGGUGGGAAGAUGGGUCAGUUCUAAACUUUUCAAGGAUUAUUUCUAAUAGCUCAGUACAGAAAUGUGGUUCUGUCAACAUACAUGGUCUCCAAGCCUCUAGCUGUGAAGUUCUCUUACGGUGGAUCUGUAGGAAGGCCAGACUUUGA